UACGAGGUGCAGACGGCGGGUCACAGCACAUUCUAUCAACAUGUCUUCGACAGAUGGUAGUAAUGGGCCAAACCAAGCUGCACCUUUCCCAGGAGUCCCGCCUUCGGGGAUGCCGCCGCCCUUCAUGGGCCCGCCUGGGAUGCCACCUCAUUUCCCACCCAUGGGGAUGCCACCGAUAGGACAGAGGCCUCCGAACAUGGCGCCCAUGCCCCCAGCGAUGAUGCCGCCCAUGAUGCCACCAAUGGGCGGGCCUCCAAUGGGACAGAUGCCAGGCAUGAUGCCACCGAUGAUGCCCGGGAUGAUGAUGCCACCCCGUAUGCCAGCUGCGCCGAUGCAGCCGACAGGGCCGCCUGGUGUAAGCCCAGUGGAUACUGCUGCCUCAUCUGGAACAUUGAUGAGCACCACAGCAAGCAGCUCUCCCCAAGAUGACCAACCAAAGAAGAAAUCCGUAUGGACGGAGCACAAGUCUGUGGAUGGGAAGACGUACUACUACAACACAGAAACCAAGCAGUCCACCUGGGAGAAGCCAGACGACCUCAAAUCGCCUGCAGAGCAACUGUUGUCAAAAUGUCCAUGGAAGGAGUACAAGUCAGACACAGGAAAGCCCUACUACUACAACUCUCAGACCAAGGAGUCUCGCUGGACCAAACCCAAGGAGCUGGAAGAUCUGGAAGCGAUGAUAAAAGCUGAAGAAAUUGGAACGCCCGAUGCCGCGGCUGCGGCUGCCGCCGCCGCUGCUGCUGCUGCCGCUGCUGCCGCCGCCGCUGCUGCUGCUGCCGCUGUCACCUCCGUCGCCACGACCGCCCCCCAGGUGGAGAGCACCGUUGCCAUGACGACGGUGGCGGAGGCCGAGACCACCGUCCCCGCCGUCGUGGAGGAGCAGCAGCUGGCCCAGGCGCCGGCGCAGGUGGCCGAGGUCGUGGCAGACACGCCCGUCAGCUCUGUGGAGGACACGCCCAGCAUCGAGACCCCGGCCAGUGAAGCCCCGAAGAAGGAAGAGAGGCCAGAGCUGGUGAAGAAGGUCUACAAAUGGAACACAAAAGAGGAGGCAAAGCAGGCCUUCAAGGAGCUCCUGAAGGAAAAGGGAGUGUCAUCCAAUGCCUCGUGGGAGCAAGCUAUGAAAAUGAUCAUCAACGACCCGCGCUACAGCGCGCUGCCUAAAUUAAGCGAAAAGAAGCAGGCGUUCAACGCGUACAAGGUUCAGACGGAGAAGGAAGAGAAGGAAGAGGCGAGGAUUAAGUACAAGGAGUCCAAAGAGAGAUAUCAGCGGUUCCUGGAAAAUCACGAGAAAAUGACUUCCACCACCAGAUACAAGAAAGCAGAGCAGAUGUUCGGAGAGUUGGAGGUGUGGAGCGUCGUUCCUGAGCGGGACCGCCUGGAGAUCUACGAGGAUGUCUUAUUUUACCUGGCCAAAAAGGAGAAGGAGCAAGCGAAACAGCUGAGGAAGAGGAACUGGGAGGCUCUGAAGAACAUCCUGGACAACAUGGCGAACGUGACGUACCGGACCACCUGGUCAGAGGCGCAGCAGUACCUGCUGGACAACCCCACCUUCGCUGAGGAUGAGGAGCUACAGAACAUGGAUAAGGAGGAUGCCCUGAUCUGCUUCGAGGAGCACAUCCGCACGCUGGAGAAGGAGGAGGAGGACGAGAAGCAGAAGUCCCUGCUGAGGGAGAGGCGCAGACACCGCAAGAACCGGGAGGCCUUCCAGAAAUUCCUGGACGAGCUCCACGACCACGGGCAGCUCCACUCCAUGUCGGCCUGGAUGGAGAUGUAUCCCACCAUCAGCUCCGACAUCCGCUUCGCCAACAUGCUGGGCCAGGCUGUUUAUGGUGUCUCUUCUGCAGGUUCCACCCCUCUGGACCUGUUCAAGUUCUACGUGGAGGACCUUAAGGCGCGUUACCAUGACGAGAAGAGAAUCAUAAAGGACAUCCUGAAGGACAAAGGCCUCACUGUGGAGGUCAACACUGCCUUUGAGGAGUUUGGCACUGCAAUCAGUUCAGAUAAAAGGGCCACGACGCUGGAUGCUGGCAACAUCAAGCUGGCCUUCAACAGCUUGCUGGAGAAGGCGGAGGCGCGGGAGAGAGAGAGGGAGAAGGAGGAAGCCAGGAAGAUGAAGAGGAAAGAGGCAGCCUUCAAGAGCAUGCUGAAGCAGGCCACCCCGCCCCUCGAACCCGACUCCACCUGGGAGGGCGUCCGGGAGAGGUUCCUGAAGGAAUCGGCCUUUGAGGACGUCACUCUGGAGUCUGAGAGGAAGAGGAUCUUCAAGGAUUUCAUUCAUGUUUUGGAGCACGAGUGUCAGCAUCAUCAUUCUAAGAACAAGAAACAUUCAAAGAAGUCCAAGAAGCACCACAGGAAGCGGUCUCGGUCCCGUUCGGGCUCGGAGUCUGAAGAUGACGACUACCAUUCAAAGAAAAAGAAGCGAUCGCAAUCUAAGUCCCCAUCAGAGCGCUCCUCCAGUGGUGAAUCUGAGAGAAGUUACAAGAAAUCCAAGAAGCACAAGAAGAAGGCAAAGAAGAGGCGACACAAAUCCGCUUCUCCCGAAUCCGAGGGCGAGAGGGACAAGAAGGGACGAGACCGCGACAGGGAGCGGGAGCGAGAGAAAGAAAAGGAGCGGGAGAAAGAGAAAGAGAACGACAGAUCCCGGGGGAAACCUCGCUCUGAGUCCAAGCAGAAGUCCCCCAAAAGAAAGUCUGGGAAAGAGGAGGACGGCUGGGACACGUCGGGCAGCGAGCUGAGUGAAGGAGAGCUGGAGAAGAGGAGGAGGACUCUCCUGGAGCAGCUGGACGCGCCCUGAAGCUGUCCCCCUCUCACCGUCUCCACAUGCGCCAACGUUCAGUCAUACUGCAUUCCCGUGUAACGCUGUGCCCUUCGAAGUGAGCCACACCGAGCAUGCCAGCCGCCCGAAGCCCUCGCCCCGCCCGGAGCGCAACCAAUCCACAAGCGCCUUUCCUGUUGCGGCAGAUGAGACGCACCUGCAUGCUUAGCUGUGGCCGCUUUCUGAGUCACCCUGGUUUGUUUGAAUGAACUUUUCUAAUUCCCAUUUUUGUAUUAAAAAAAGUAAAAUUCCCCAGAAGAGUGUUUUUUUUUUUUUUUUUUUUUUUUAGUUGUAGGCUAUGCACAUAGGUCAGUGAGGAAAAGGCGUUUCGAUCUGAAGUCCUGCAAAUGCACCCCUAAAGGUCUUUGAAAGAAUUCAGUAGACCAAUUUAGCAACACAGCACAUGCAGUCAAUGGGUCAGUCAAAGAUCCUCGCUAUGAUUGUCUAAUGUCUUUUAAAUGGAAUAUGACUGUAGUGAAACUAUGUCUGUUUGAGGUAACUACCGUGGUUCUUCACAGUACAUUUAGGCUCAGACAUUGAAAGCUGGUGUUUUUUUUUUUUCAAGUUGUAACUGAAUAGGGUUUGUUAUAUUGAUGGCCCCUAUUUGUUAUAAAUGCUACAAAAAAGUGGUUCUCUGCAUUGUUCGCUUUGAAAAAAAUGCUACAUAAAUUUUGGCCUACAUUGGAUGCUUAAGUUGCUGAACUAUCCAUUAAACCCUGGAUGGAUGAAAACAAUGUGCCACUGAUUUUAAAGAUUUGACACACAGCAGGGGACUGUGAUUAUUUCCAUUUCAAAUAGUGACAUCCUCUGAACAUAGUUCUGACAAUAAAAUACAACAUAACGCAUCUAAUGUUUUACUUUUUUAUUUUGAUGUAGAAUUUUUUUCCCUUUGGGGAGUCUGUGAGUGCGCAUCAGAGUAGCUGUAGCUGUUGAAACACUGAAAAAAGACAUUCUGGAUGGGCAUUUUUAAAUGUAAAUUUAAAAGCAACAUUGUGCGUAAAUAAACUGCGAAACGG